AUGACAUCACUAUUGAUGUGUCCCAUUAUUAUCUAUUCCAAGUUUAUCUACAGAUUAAUAAGGAAACAGUUGUCACCAGCAGAUAACGUUCACCCUGUGAGGUCAAGAUCUACAAAAACAUUCAGAAAGACGGCACACCUGGAUGAAGAGCUUAAUAAUCUUUUGAAGUUGACUGAAUGGCCACUGCCCGCAGCCAACACAAGUUUGGAGUUUUCCACCAACCCAAACACUUCAAUAUUUUUCUUGCUCCAUCCCCGCUCUACCUAUGUUAUGGGAGAGAAUUUGGAGGUUCUUAUAAUCGCUAAAAACCAUAAAGGUCAAACCAAGAGAUAUGGUGGAGAUUAUUUCCAUGCUAAACUUCAUUCCCCAAGCCUGAAAGCUGGUGUGAGUGGAUCUGUUACAGACAACUACAAUGGUACCUACACAGCUUCCUUCAUUCUUCAGUGGCCAGGUGAGACCAUGGUCUCCAUAAAGCUCAUGUAUUCCAGUGAGGCUGUUGCAAUUUUGCAUGAGAAAAGGGCCACACGGCCAGAUAAGCUUUUCUUUAGCGGCCAUUUUGUGAAAAAUGGAAUUGAAGAAGUAGUGGAGUGUAAUGUUGAGCUUCCUGGGCAAGAUGUUUGUGAAUACUACGAUGAGCUGAAUGAAGAGAAAUGGGUGUGUCAGCGACCGAAAACACUUCCGUGUGAUGCUUAUCGGGACCAUUCAUCAGGGGGAAUACGAAAUGUCUUCAAUAACAAAGAGGAAGAAUUCUUCUCAAGGGCUCUUAUUGAUCAAGAACUUUCAACAAACAUUACGUCCAUUAAUGUCCUUCCUCAAAAAGAUGUCAUAAAAGUUACAAGACCUUGUACAGCAAGACUCAAGAAUCCGAACCCAUCAGGCUUUUAUUACCAAGAUGUCUGGAAUUCCCUUGUCUGUUCCAAUCAACAUUUUAAUGAUUCUAAAGAUGUGGCCAAAUGUCUAUCUGGAAAAACGGUCUACAUGUUCGGUGACUCCACACUCCGAGCCUGGUUUGAAAAUCUAGUGAGCCAUGUUCCAACUCUCCAGCAAAUAAGCCUCCAUGUGCCUCACCACCCAGGUCCAUUACUAGCAACAGAUGGAGAACAUAACUAUCUAGUGCACUUCAGAGCUCACCAGAAGCCCCUGCGUAUGGAACGUAUAGGAGUUAAAGAGUUACACUACAUUGCUACAGAGCUGGAUGGACUUGGGGCUCGGAAAGAUAUGGUCAUUGUCUUGACUUUCUGUGCACAUUUUGUCACCUAUCCAAUAGAACUGUACAUUCGACGACUGCAGCACAUUCGAGAAGCUAUAACUCAACUAUUGGAACGUAGCCCUGAUACAAAAAUACUUAUUAAAUCAGCCAAUACUGGAUAUAAUUUUGUGAUGGUCAAUGACUGGUUGUCCUAUCAGUUGGAUACAGUGAUGAGAGCCAUGUUUUCCAAGUUACCAGUGACCAUAUUGGAUGUUUGGCAAAUGACUUCUUGCCACAGAUUACCAGAGAAUCUACAUCCUGCAUGGAUCAUUGUCACAAACGAAGUGGACCUGAUGUUGUCUUUUAUAUGUCCUUAGUGAUUCUGAGCUUAGAAACAGAAGUGAAGGCUCUACUCACCAG